GUUAUCUAUACUUUGUGUCAGCUGCACAAUAUAUUAUAACACGCAUUUAGAUAACUUUAAUAACUGACUCUAUCCUAUGUGUUUGAUGCCAACUGUCAAUAUUUAGCAGUGACACAAACAAGCUAACAGUUACCUACAUGCUAUAUAUUUACAUUGUAGGUAAUAUUAUUAUCCCCGCGUCCCAAGCUGACUCUCUGUAACAACACGAUGUCGAGUAAAGACGUCAAAGCCGCCCUGAAAAGUGCCAGAGACGCCAUCAAAAACAAAGAGUUCAAAGAGGCACUAAAACAUUGCAAGGCUGUGUUGAAGCUGGAGAAGAGCAACUACAAUGCUUGGGUGUUCAUUGGUGUGGCUGCUGGCGAGCUGGAGCAACCAGAACAGGCGCAGACAGCCUACAGAAAGGCUGUGGAACUAGAGCCUGAGCAGCUACUGGCAUGGCAGGGCUUGGCGAAUUUGUACGAAAAGACAGAUCAGUGGGACUUCAAAAUCGAGCUACCUAACGUCUAUGAGAAGCUUAUUGAGCUCUAUGCAAGCUCGGACAAAAACAAGUGCUAUGAGAUGAUUGGAAAGCUGAAAGAAAUACACCAGUCCGACAAAGAGUAUUCCAAGUUGGCAAACGUAUGGCUGUGGCUCAUCCAACUCAAAGAGGAAGAUGGCGCAGACGAGAAAGAGUUACUGCAGCUGUGGCAACAGCUGACCUGCCUACUGUCAGACUGUCUGAUUGACAACAAGCACGACACCAAAAUUCAAAAGCAUUUAAUCACAGCUUUUGAGAAGGCCAUGCUCCUCGUCAAUCCCAGACCGGGAGAAGAACACAGGAAAUUCUCCUACGACUAUAUCAAAUGUCUGUCUAAGUUACCUGGAGAAGAAGAGAAACUGAAAGAGGCGUGCGAAGCCAUGCUGCCGCUCUACCCUGCCCAAAGUUAUCCUCUUGAAGUUCUUUGUUCUUACUACCUCAAACAAGGUGUGCUGGGUGAGGAUGCUGCCAGCUGUUUUUCAAGGCUUUGUGAUUUGGCCCCAGACAACGGUUUGUGUGACUUCGGAUUUGGCACAAAAGCACUCCAGGAGGGCAGGUUUAAAGAUGCCAUUCGGGACCUUUCGCAAGGAUUGGAGAAGAUGAACUUAAGUCCAGCUUGGUACAGUCUGGCAGUGGCUCAGCUUAAAGUGCACAAAUACUCAGACUGCUCUAAAUCGUGUGCUCAAGGUUUAACAGCGUGUGCGACCGGAGACCAGACACUAAGGAUUAAGCUGCUGAAGCUGAAGCUCGAGGCUUUAGUCAGGUGUGGAGGGGAGAAGGCUGCAGACCAAGCUUUGGAGACAUUUACCCUGAUCCCUGAUGCUGUCAAACACCCGCUAUUAGUAGCUCUUAAAGGCCGUGCAUACCUUAACAAAGGACUCAUAGAUGAAGCAUUAAAGGUGUCGUCACAUCUGGUAGCCUCUAACCCAAACCUGGCCCAGGCAUUGGUGCUGAGGGGACUGGCCCACUUAGCUGAUGACAAGCAGCAGCAAGCAGAGCAGAGUUUCCUCAAGGCAGCAGAACUAAGCCCCAACUGUGGUGAGUGCUUUUUUUUGCUGGGAAGACUCUACUGGACCAUGGGAGAGGAGACCCGGAAAGACAAAAGCAAAGCGCAUUUGCAUUUACUCAAGGCUGCAAAGUUGGACCCACACCCUAGUUUUGUGUUCCGCUACCUUGGAAACUAUUAUCGGGAGGUGGCGAAUGACUCAGGCCGGGCAUGUGGCUGUUUUAAGAAGGCCUUUGAAUUGGACAAUGACGACGCUGAGUCUGGAGCUGCCGCAGUCGAUCUCAGCAUGGCGCAUGAAGAUAUGAUCACUGCCUUGGCGAUACUCCAGUCAGUGACUGAGAAGGCCACUCCAGGUUCUGCUAAAUGGGCGUGGAUGAGACGAGGGGUUUACUACCUAAAGAUCGGACAACAUCAACAGGCUAUUGCAGAUUUGCAGGCAGCUUUGAGAGCCGAUCCAGAGGACUGGGUGUGUUGGGAGUGUUUAGGAGAGGCAUACCUAAACCGCCAGAGUUUCACGGCAGCUCUAAAGGCCUUUGGGAAGGCCCACAGUCUCCAGCCAUCCUCCAUCUACAGCGUCUACCAGGCAGCUGCUAUCAAGCAGACCCUGGGCAAGUUCAAAGAGGCCAUUGCGGAGUAUUUGCAGAUCACAGCACAGCACAACUACGUUCCCGCUCUUAAAGGUCUUGGAGAGUGUCAGCUCUCCCUGGCAAGAAGUUUAAUGGAGGACUGCAGAGACGGCAGAGCCAUUGACCUGAUUGAGCAAGCUAUACAGAAUCUCUUCAAGGCGGUGGUGUUAAGUUCUGACCUCUCCUGCUUGUGGAAACUGCUGGGAGACGGCUGCUCCGCUGUCAGCGCAGUGUCUCCAAACAGGGCUAAAGUUCAGGUGCCCGCAACCUUGGCUGGUCUGGACCCAGACGCUCAAGUUCACGUGCUAAACCAGGCUCAGAUGCUCCGAGUCGCUGAGAGGUGUUACACUCGUGCUUUGAAGCUAAAACCAGAAGUCACUAGUCUCUGGUCUGACCUCGGACUCAACUUCUAUCAUCAGUCUCGCCUGGCCUGUGAUGCAGAGGAGGACGGAUCAUUACUUCUCCAGAAAGCGCAACAAUGUUUAAAGAAGGCCAUCAUGAUGGACAGUGGCAACCACAGCUAUUGGAAUGCUCUGGGAGUGAUCAACACAAGCAAAAGUCUGCAGAACUUGGCUCUUGCUCAGCACUGCUUUAUCAAGUCCAUUCAAGUUGAACCGAAUAAUGUUGUUGCCUGGACCAACCUUGGUACAUUGUAUAUGAAGAAGGACAAUAUAGAGCUUGCACAUGAGGCUUUUAAGGUUGCACAGUCGUUGGAGCCGCUCUAUGUCAACUGCUGGAUUGGGCAGGCCCUGAUAGCAGAGAAAGUGGGAAGCUUUGAGGCCAUGGAUCUUUUUAGACACACCACUGAACUCCGCACACAUACGGAGGGAGUGAUAGGUUAUGCUUACUGGGUGUGUUCCACCUUGCUGGACAAGAGCAAUAGAGACUCUGAACUGUACCGCUACAACAUUGUCCAGAUGAAUGCCAUCUCUGCGGCCCAGGUGGCACUCAGCAAAUACACAGAAAGGUUCCAGUCUGACGCUGAUGCCUUCCUCAUGCUGGGCUUCAUGACAGAACAUUUACAGCUAAAGAGGCAGGCUGUACAAGCUUACCAAAGAGCUGUUGAGUUGCUUCGGUCCACAUCCCUCACAGAGCAGCUAUGUUUUGCUCUAAGCAACUACGCACGUGCUUUAUGCGCUUGUGGCCGGUGUGAGGAAGCCUUCCAUGUCUAUAACUCCACCCCACUGGAGGAGCUCAGUGAUCUGGCAGGGUUGGCUUUGGCAUACUGCAAGGCUGGACACAUCUCAGAGAGCAGUAGAGCCUAUGAGCGGGCGCUGGCGUUGGCUUCCAGUGAAAAGGAGACAGCAUACAUCUUGACAGCUCUAUCACUGCUGCAGCACCAGCAGGGUAAUCUGGAUUCUGCCAAGACCCUGCUAUUUAAAUGCUCCAUGUUGAAGGAACCAGUUCCAGAGUCCCUGCUGUGUUUAUGUGCCCUUGGAUUGGCCCACAAUGAUGUCACGCUAGCCGCGGCUGCACGCACAGAACUACUCAAACAAGGUUCUUCCUGUGCAACUGUUGUAGAGCAGAGAUGUCUUCUCACCUGUACCUUACUGGCCCUGCAGGGCAACUACAGUGCUGUGCAAAGAGAGGCCUCCAGAGCUGUACACAGCUAUCCUGGUAACCCAUCUUUGUGGUCAUUGCUGUCCAGAUUGGUACCACAAUACUACCCCAGGAAAGCUAAUGGAGGAGCAAUGGCCGGACAUGUUGCCUGUCUCUCCAGUAUGACCCAGGGAAAGAGGGCGCUGCUGUACAGUGGAGUAAACCAGCUGGCCAAUGGGAGACACUCUGGAGAGGAUGCUCAGAGGAAUGCGCUGAAGACCAUGCAGCGAGCUGUGCUGCUCUGUCCUGAUGAUCCAUCUGCAUGGGCAGGAUUAAUGGCUGCCUGUCACACAGAAAACACUUCCUCCUUUCUCCGUGGCUCAGCUGCUUGUAGGCAGGGUCUAGAGCAAACCCUAAUGUCAGUGGUUUCUGAGAAAGUGCGUAGCGUUAAGACAGAGCGGCCCUUAGCCCAGGGUCUAGAAGAAUGGGUACUCCAACAGGCAGUGAGUGGCCUCUUGCUAAGCGGACAGCUAGAUCAAGCAGAAGCACUGUGCUCACAGGUGCUGAAUGUGUCCCCAGAGCAUCCCGCAAUCAUGUUGUCACUCAGACAAGUGCAUUGUCAGCGUCUCCUUGAGACUCGCAGCGGUACUCUCCUCUCAGAGUCCAUGCUGGAGCAGCUCAGUAAUGCUUUGAUGCUAAACCCCUCCAAUAUUGGGGCAUUGCACUGGUUGUCUGCCGUGUACUGCAGCCAGGGUCUGCUGGUCCAGGCAGUCAUGGCGCUCAAACGCAGCUUGCAGAUCGCCUCGCAGCUCGGCCUGCACAGCAGCCAAGUAGCCAGUCUGCUGCGACUCGCCCUGGUGGCCCUACGGCCCUGCAUGGCAGGAGUCCCAGGAAACGACCGGAUUGAGCUCGUCGGACAAGCCACUACAGAGGCCCUGAAGCUGGGCUCGUCGCUCCCUGUGGCAUUGCUCUUUCAGGCCCUGCUCCAGUACAUUACCCAAAAAAAUGCAAGAGAAACAAGGCGACUAUUCGAGAAGCUGGUGUAUGGCCCAUGUCAAGAAGUCCCGGUGACUGUGGUGCAGGUGGCCAGCUGGUACCUGCUUAGACACCUGCAUUGCAAAAACGACCAGGAAUUCAUUCAUGUUCUUUUGGAGCACGCCAAAAAGAACGGGGACCAACGACUGCUGGACUUGCAUUCGCAGCUUGUUUCUUCAUCCUGAAUGUUGCCACAGUGCAUUUUUUUUAAACAUUUGUUAAAGCUUCAUUUGGCAUGGCAUGACAGUCUUAAAUCAAUUAAUUCAAUAUUCAAUUGAGUUUUUAUUAAAUAUCCUGUGUGUUCACAUUCACACAUACAUUUUUGAUAAACGUAGAUUUUUUUACAUUUUUACAUUUCACCUGGGGUUGCCUAUCGUCCCUUGAAAAAUGGAAUCAUUGUGUAUUGAGCCUGAAAAGUGGCGCAAAACAAUCAGUAAUAGUUUGUCAAAUCAAAUGUAAAUUGAGUUAUUACAUGUCAGGAUGCUUUGUAUCAGGAAUGCCUAAAGAGGAGUCUGUGGGCCCAAAAAUGUUUUUAUACAAAUUAUUUAGUGGGUUGCCACGGCGGGAGACAAAGGACUAGUGUGUGGUUUUCUUUAAUGUUAAUAAUACAAUGUUAUGUACAGGUUUACUUAUAACAAUUUUAUAGAAAAAAUUAUACUAUUCAUAGUCCCGGUGGAGGGGGGGAUAUUUUCUUCCUUCCAGGGCAGGGGUCGGCAACCUAAAACGUUGAAAGAGCCCUAUUGGACCAAAAAUACAAAAACAAAUCUGUCUGGAGCCGCAAACAAUUAAAAGCCGUAUAUAAAUGUUAUAAUGAAGGCAACACAUGACGUAAGUGUCUAUAUUAUCUAUACUAGCCUACUAUCAAAAUGACUGUGUCACAGGCUGAAGCAAAUCUUUGUCGACAGAAAUGUUGAAAUGUAAUAUUUAUUUUACAACAUUGUAAAUCAGAGGCUACUCAGAGUCUGAGAUACCUCUUGGAAAUGACUGUCUAUUAAUGGCCAAAUGUGUAGGUGUGUGUGUCCAAGUUAGAGGAAACUGCAGGCUGUCUUUUUUUUUUAUAGAUUUAUUACAAUCUUUGGCAAGCUAGGUAAUGUUUGCUGUGGUCUGGAACAACAUGGCACACAAACAACUAUCUGAAAUGCAGCCAAUAUUUCAUACAGAUACCGUGUCAUGAGACAUACAAAACUAAAUUAUAUACAUAGACGAUAAAAGUAAAGGAUAUUGCAGUGGUUAUCAACCUUUUUUCAGUGAUGUACCCCCUGUGAACAUUUUUUUAAUUCAAGUACCCCCUAAUCAGAGCAAAGCAUUUUGGUUGAAAAAAAGAGAUAAAGAAGUGAAAUAAAGCACUAUGUCAUCAGUUUCGGAUUUAUUAAAUUGUAUAACAGUGCAAAAUAUUGCUCAUUUAUAGUGGUCUUUUGUGAACUAUUUGGAAAACAAAAUAUUAAAAAAAAUAAAAACUUGUUGAAAAACAAACAAGUGAUUCAAUUAUAAAUAAAGAUUUCUACACAUAGAAGUAAUCAUUAACUUAAAGUGCCCUCUUUGAGGAUUGUAAUAGAGAUCCAUCUGGAUUCAUGAACUUCAUUCAAAACAUUUCUUCACAAAAAAAUAAAUCUUCAACAUCAAUAUUUAUGGAACAUGUCCACAAAAAAAUCUAGCUGUCAACACAGAAUAUUGCAAUGUUGCAUUUCUUUUCACAGUUUAUGAACUUACAUUUAUAUUUUGUUGAAAUAUUAUUCAAUAAAUAUAUAAAGGAUUUUUGAAUUGUUGCUAUUUUUAGAAUAUUUAAAAAAAAAUCUCACUUACCUCUUGGCAUACCUUCAAGUACCCCCAGGGUUACGCGUACCCCCUUUUGAGAACCACUGGGAUAUUGAAUGAGCUCAAAUACACCUACAAAUGAGACAUAACGAUGCAAUAUGUACAUACAGCUAACUUAAACAGCAUGUUAGCAUUAAUUAGCUUGCAGUCAUGCACUGACCAAAUAGGCCUGAUUAGCACUCCAAUAAGUCAAUAAUAUCAACAAAGCGCAUCUUCAUGCAUUCACGCACAGCAUAAAAUGUUUUGUGGACAAAAUAAGACAAAGAAGGAAUGAAAGAUUUUACAUGUAAACAAACUGUUGCAUCACAGUCCACCCUAUGGUGAGUUCAAGAAUGAAACAAUGUUCAUUAAAUCCAUACACACAAACAUAUUAAACAGUGAGCUUUUUAACAA